GCCCAAUCUCGUCUGGGAUAGUUUAAUUUCGUUGUAUUCAUUGACUCAGACUUAACCUCGUCACAUAACGUACAGAUAAUCAAUGUAAACAGGCUUCACUGACAAAUGCAAAAUCAACAACCAAAAUACUGACAUGUAAAGGUAUCAGAUGGGUUAAUUAAUGAAGGGCUUCAUAAAAAUGACCGGUCACCAAAUCCUAACCCCAGUCUCCUAAUUAAUUAAGUGAGUAAAACAAAUAAGCAAACAAUCAAAAAGUCAACAAAGCACUAAACACACAAACAAUUGAGAAACCUGUCAAUUGUAACCAUAAUAGUACCCCCCAAAAAUAAGUGAACAAAGUAUAAUAGUUAGAUGGAAAGACGGAUAUGCAAAAUCUUUUUCAAAAUAUACAAAAACUGACCAAAGUCAGAUUUAAAGUGGUCACCUUUCCACCGGUCAACCUUCAUUCAAACCUCAUGAUGAAACAUACGUCUACUGAUGUGUCCUAUAUAGUUCACUGAAUCUCGGCUGUCCUCAGUCUUGCUAUUUUGACUUUGAUAAAUUUGCAGUCAAAUUCAUAGCCUCAAAAUACAUGUUGUGUGCCACUGUGUCAGAAGCGUAUAUAAUAAAUUACAGCAAAUAUUGUCUUCAGUUUAAUAAGCGUGGUAGGAGUCUCACUGAGUAAACAUGUUUUUGCUGAUUUGAUGGUACACAAAAUUCAGUGUGCCCCUAUGUUCCUAGCGGUCUCGUGUGCAAAGCCACAUCAGUUGUUUGAACCCAAUUUGUUGUGGUAACAGUAUUUUUUGAAGCAAGCUAUAUCUUUCUGUGUGUGACAGUGCAAUUUGGGAAAUAGGUCAGCCCAGUCUCAGAAGCUUGGCAGGGUGACAAACAGAAAAAUGCAUGAAUACCUCCUAAACAAAUCUUAUGAAUUCAUGGGCCUCAGACAAAAUUCCAGUCUGUGAUUUUUGGCCCUGGCACUGUGAUUUUUUACUGGGUAUCGCUGAAUGCAGGGCUUUUUCAGCAACUGGGAUGGGUUUAAAGAGCAGUCUCACAAUGGUUGCUUUGUGCUGGGCUCAGCUACUUAGGGAAGUCAGAGAGGCUCUUGGGGUUGCUAAAAACUCCAAGAUAACAAGACUCCAGAUGCUGUCUUCAUCUUGGAAAUUUCUGAGAUUUACAAAAUGUGAACCCACAGUCAAGCUGCAUUGGAAGGUAACAGUAUACCAAAGUACUCUCAGCUGAGGUGGAAUUAAAUACGAGCCAGUAGAUUUGCAAAAACAAGACAAAGGUCUGAAGAUAUACAUUAACGUGUGUGGCAAAUGGGUUCAGCCUGCACAUAAACUGCAAGAAUGUAAAUGUAUGUUUUAGAGGGCACUGUUUAUUUAUACUCAUGCUAUCACUGCCAUCUACAGAUCAGUAGGGAAAGUUCAGAUAAGGGAGUUUUCAGUCAGCCUUCACUGGGAGCAUCUCUGAACAUUUUCUUCCCUUAGACACCAGACAAUGAAAAUGCCACUCUCUGUCGAGUGCAGCUGUAAGCAACAGUUUCCCUCAGCACCAGGGACAUAUAAGGAAACAAGAAAAGAACAUCCAUCAGAUAUCUGCAAAAAUAUUGCUAGAGAUUGGCAGGCAACUGAAUGGGUACUAUGGAAAUAUAUGAGUAAUUAAAAAGACUACUCUAUUACCAUGAAAAUAUUCCACGGAGAAACAACCAAAGUUUCUUUGAGAAACAUGUAAUUACUUUGACUACACAGCUAUAAAUAUGUUGAGGAAUAUAAUUAUUUUUUCCUAGGCAACAGGCAGCCAAACAUGUCAUUAAGUGAAACCAAGGUCAGAACGCAUAGCAUGCGGAUGUGGGAGGGGUGGAAGGUGGCUGAAAGCAGGUAGAUAAAACAUUUACUCCUAAUGACUUACCUUCAGCAGGGCAGACUAGCAACACCAUGGACCUCGGCACAGCAAUUUUAAUAAUUGGCUUCGCUGCUCUUGUUGCAGCCUUCCUCCUUCUGGUAAUUGGACUUGUGUACUCUGAGCUGAUGAAUUCAGACAUUCCUCGUGGGGUUGCAAAUAGUGGGAAACUGCACAUGGUUCAUGGCUUGUUUGUUGGCAUAGCAAUUGUGGGCCGAAUCCUACACCGUCUGGGUAUUUGUCACCAGGUCAGCUUUAUCCGAUGGUUUGUGGCCUGUUUUCUGACUCGCUUAAAUCCAGUUCCCCCAGGCCUGCGAGUGAAGGAUCUGAAGUUUUCUGAGGUGUCAGUGCGAGUCUAUGAACCCACCACUGUCUGUGAUGGCUUGAGAAGAGGUCUUGUGUAUUUCCAUGGAGGAGGAUGGGUGUCGGGCAGCAUAGAUUCUGUUGAUGAAGUCUGCCGGCGCAUCGCCAUGGAGUCUGACACAACUGUGGUUUCUGUUGGGUACCGAUUAGCCCCUGAGCACAGAUACCCUGCCCAGCUGGAUGAUUGUGAGACAGCAAUGUGUCACUUCCUGUCUGUGGCUGAGGCAGAAUUCAACGUGGACCCUCACAGAGUGGCAGUCGGAGGGGACAGCACAGGGGCUAACAUGGCAACAGCACUGUGCCAAAGGCUGGCGAGGAAAGAGGACAGACAUCUGCCAUUCCCCUGUGCUCAGGUCCUCAUCUACCCAGCCCUGCAGAUGGCAGAUUUCAACCUGCCCUCAUACCAGCAAAAUCAUACUGUGCCCAUAUUGUUUCGUGGCCGGAUGGCGUUCUACUUCCUGCAGUACAUCAAUGGGGACAUGUCUGUGUGCCAAGACGUGCUAGAAGGGAACCAUGUCCCGACUGAGCUCAGGCCACAAUACAGGGAGUGGCUCUCCCCAUCCAACCUACCUCCUGAGUGCCUCGCACGGGGCUUCUGUGAGCACCCAACCCCAGAAUAUGAUGGGGAGGUCUAUCACACGAUCAAAGCUGGUUUGGAACCUGAGGUCUCACCUUUACUGGCAGAUGAUGCUGUUAUUCAAAAAACCCCACCCACCUUCAUCCUAACCUGUGAAUAUGAUGUCCUGAGGGAUGAUGGGAUUCUUUACAAGAAACGGCUGCUGGAUUUGGAAAAAGAUGUCACCUGGCAACAUGUGAUGGAUGGUUUUCACGGCAUGAUUAACUUUUUUAACCAGGGCUGGCUCGCCUUUCCUGCAGCAGGGCAGGUUGUGGAUGGUGUUGUUAAUUAUGUAAAGACACUAUAAACAUAGCACUGUACUUUACUUUCCAUCUUGUUUUACAUUAUAAUAAACAAAACUUGCCUCCAG